GCUCUGCAGAAGCAGAGUGAAUUCAUCUUUGAUGGAUUUCAGCUUGGCUGCUCUCUCUCUGUGAAAAACUGGGAAUUGCUUACGUGCUGUUAUUGAGAAGGAUGUGCUGUGAGCGACCAACAUACAGUGAAAUCUUUUCACAGAACACUUUCAUCAGACAGUCCCCUGUUAAGAGAUUGACCUGAAGUAUCCUUUGCGUCUUUAGUCCAGUCUCUGUUCUACUCUUCUGGAAAGCUGCUGAGUCACUGAUCUAUGUAGGUCCUUCAAGGGGUUGUUUGAUGCAGGCUGCCUGAUGAGCUUCCUAGCUAUUUGAAUUUUUAAUUCCUAAUUUUCUGGGUUUUUCUGUUUAGUUAAUUCACUUCAGUGUUUGAAUCUCUUCCUCGGUAGGGCUGUGUGGUAUCUGUCCUGUGGUAUGGCUGUCCAGUGAAAUGGUCUUCAAGCUCUGUUUCUUUCACUUGCAUAUUUGCUGUGCAUCUUUGCCGACUGGAAUAGGGAACAUGGUUUCUAGCUGUGACUGGGUGUUCAUUUGUGGAAGAAGUUCAGGGCAGACAUAGUCUAAUGUGUCAUGGUGAGUUAUUUUCUGAGUUUGUAUGCAACUGAAAGCUUUUUUAAUGAGAUGUGAAAGUAGUAUAAUGCAACUUCGCUUGUUUUUGUUUUCAACAGCAAGGAUAUUGAAGGACACCUUAACCCAAGCCUGCAGGUGUGGAAGUGCAUGCUGUCAUAAAGGCACCUGGAGUAGUCUGGAGUAGUCUGGAGCAAUGCCACCACCUUCAGACAUUGUGAAAGUAGCUGUUGAGUGGCCAGGAGCCAAUGCCCAGCUGUUGGAAAUAGAUCAGAAAAGGCCUCUUGCAUCCAUCAUCAAGGAAGUCUGUGAUGGGUGGUCGCUGCCAAACCCUGAAUACUACACCUUACGGUAUGCUGAUGGGCCUCAGCUGUACAUCACAGAGCAGACUCGCUGUGACAUCAAGAAUGGAACUAUCCUGCAGCUGGCAGUCUCACCGUCUAGGGCAGCUCGCCAACUGAUGGAGAGGAUCCAGUCGCACAGUAUGGAAGCCCGACUGGAUGCCAUGAAGGAACUGGCUAAACUUUCAGCAGAUGUAACUUUUGCCACAGAGUUCAUCAACAUGGAAGGGAUUACAGUGCUGACGCGGCUUGUGGAGAGCGGGACCAAGCUUCUGUCCCAUUACAGUGAGAUGUUGGCAUUCACCUUGACUGCCUUCUUGGAGCUCAUGGACCAUGGCAUUGUCUCCUGGGACAUGGUCUCAAUAACCUUCAUCAAACAGAUUGCAGGGUAUGUGAGUCAGCCUAUGGUAGAUGUCUCCAUCCUCCAGCGAUCCCUAGCCAUCCUAGAAAGCAUGGUGUUGAACAGUCAGACUCUGUAUCAGAAGAUAGCAGAAGAGAUCACCGUGGGGCAGCUCAUCUCCCAUCUACAAGUUUCAAACCAAGAGAUUCAGACAUAUGCCAUUGCCCUGAUCAAUGCCCUCUUCUUGAAGGCGCCAGAGGACAAGAGACAGGACAAGCUCCUUAACCCGCUAGACCUGCCCAUCACUGAAAUGGCUAAUGCCUUUGCCCAGAAGCACCUGAGAUCUAUAAUCCUGAAUCAUGUGAUCAGAGGAAACCGCCCAAUUAAAACAGAAAUGGCGCAUCAGCUGUACGUGCUACAGGUCCUGACCUUUAAUCUCCUGGAAGAGAGAAUGAUGACCAAGAUGGACCCCAACGAUCAGGCACAGCGAGACAUCAUAUUUGAGCUGAGAAGAAUUGCAUUUGAUGCAGAGUCUGACAGCAACACUGUCCCUGGCAGUGGAACAGAAAAACGCAAAGCCAUGUACACCAAGGACUACAAGAUGCUGGGAUUCACUAAUCACAUCAAUCCAGCAAUGGAUUUUACUCAGACUCCUCCAGGGAUGCUGGCAUUGGACAACAUGCUCUACUUAGCCAAAUUUCAUCAGGACACCUAUAUCAGGAUUGUUCUGGAGAACAGCAGUCGAGAAGAUAAGCAUGAGUGUCCUUUUGGGCGCAGUGCCAUUGAGCUUACGAGAAUGCUUUGCGAGAUCCUGCAAGUUGGGGAACUCCCCAAUGAAGGCCGGAAUGACUAUCACCCCAUGUUUUUCACCCAUGACCGUGCAUUUGAGGAGCUGUUUGCUAUCUGCAUCCAGCUGUUGAACAAGACCUGGAAAGAAAUGAGGGCGACAGCAGAAGACUUUAAUAAGGUUAUGCAGGUUGUGAGGGAACAGAUCACACGGGCCCUCCCCUCCAAACCCAACUCCUUGGACCAGUUCAAGAGCAAACUGCGCAGCCUGAGCUAUUCUGAGAUUCUGCGAUUACGCCAGUCUGAGAGAAUGAGCCAGGAUGACUUCCAGUCACCACCCAUUGUGGAGCUGAGAGAGAAAAUCCAGCCUGAGAUCUUGGAGCUGAUAAAGCAGCAGCGCCUGAACAGGCUCUGUGAGGGGAGUAGCUUUCGAAAAAUUGGAAAUCGCAGAAGACAAGAAAGAUUUUGGUAUUGUCGCCUGGCUCUGAAUCACAAGGUGCUACACUAUGGAGAUCUGGAAGAUAACGCUCAAGGGGAAGUGACCUUUGAAUCACUACAGGAAAAAAUUCCAGUUGCAGACAUCAAAGCCAUUGUCACAGGGAAGGAUUGUCCGCAUAUGAAGGAGAAAAGCGCACUGAAACAGAACAAGGAAGUGUUAGAAUUGGCCUUCUCGAUAUUAUAUGAUCCUGAUGAGACCUUGAACUUCAUUGCACCUAAUAAAUACGAGUACUGUAUCUGGAUUGAUGGGCUUAAUGCGCUCUUGGGAAAGGACAUGUCCAGUGAGCUGACCAAGAGUGACCUAGACACAUUGCUGAGCAUGGAAAUGAAGUUGAGACUCCUGGACUUGGAGAACAUCCAGAUCCCUGAAGCACCACCCCCUAUCCCUAAAGAGCCAAGCAGCUAUGACUUUGUGUAUCACUACGGGUGACGCAGGCCGAGUGGCGGGGGCCGCUCCAGACAGCCUCCGACCCCGCAACGCGACACCGGCACCGCCGCUGCUUGUGCAGGGCCUGCUGCGGGCACUGCCGGCUCCAGGGCUGCCGGCGCGCCCCAGGGCUGGUGCCCGCCCCCUCGCCGCGGCGCCCCGGCCGGGCCGGUGUGGCGGCCCGGGGCGGGGCCGGGCACCAGCGCCUGUCUCACCACUGUACGACUUUUGUAUGAGUUUCAAUAAUAACCAGUAGCGCUGCUGUGGCA